UUUGUGGGGACACUCUAUUGUAUCAAAUCAUGGCUCGCUUGCAUCGAGUCUCGAUAUAUUCCUUCAUCCUUAUUUCAAUCUAUCUACUGGUGUUGUUUGAGGUCCUGCCCAUACCACUCAUUGACGCCAGUGUAGCCCAAGAGAUUCUUCCUGUUAUUCCGUGGUGGCUCUUGGUGUCAUUCGGGUCGUAUUCCCUCUGGAGUCUCGGCUGGGGGGUGUUUACAUUCCGUGACUGUCCCGAGGCCUAUCACGAGCUGCUGCAGGAAAUCAAUGAAGCCAAAAACGAUCUCCGAAGUCGGGCUGUCACUGUCGACUGAGGUGUCUCCUUCGCUUAUUUCUUACACCUUUGUUUGAGACUCGCCUUUCACUUCACCAUCCCUACCACAGUCCCGAUCUAGUACGUCAUAGAUAGGCUGUGUGUGUCCUUACAUCUUUUGCACUUCAUAGCU